AUGGGUAUCAGCCGUGAUUCUCGCCACAAGCGCAGCGCUACCGGUGCCAGACGUUCUCAAUACAGAAAGAAGAGAAAGUUCGAAUUGGGUCGUCAAUCUGCCAACACCAAGUUGGGAGCUAAGCGUAUCCAUUUGGUUCGUGUCCGUGGUGGUAACUACAAGCAUCGUGCUCUUCGUCUUGAAGCCGGUAACUUCUCUUGGGGUUCCGAAGGUAUUUCUCGCAAGACUCGUGUUUUGACUGUUGUGUACAAUGCUUCCAACAACGAAUUGGUUCGUACUAACACUCUUGUCAAGGGUGCCGUUAUUCAAAUCGAUGCCACUCCUUUCCGUCAAUGGUAUGAAGCUCACUAUGCUCAAGUUUUGGGUAAGAAGAAGGCUGCUGCUGCCAAGACUGAAGAAGUCGAACAUGCUGCUGAUAAGAAGUCCAAGUCUGUCCAAAAGAAGAUUGCUGCUCGUCAAGCCACUGCUGCUGUCGAUCCCCUUUUGGAUGAUCAAUUCGCUGCUGGUCGUCUUUAUGCCAUCAUUGCUUCUCGUCCUGGUCAAUCUGGUCGUUGUGAUGGUUACAUCCUUGAAGGCAAGGAACUCGAAUUCUACGUCAAGAAGAUCAAGGUAAGAAAAAAAAUAUAUAAAUAAUCCAAGAAGCAUUAAAGUCGGAAACCUUUCUGUAUUCUUUAGUUCGAUGUCUUUAUUUUACUUACGUUGAAAUUAUUUU